AAGUUUCACUAUUAUACUAAUGGUCCAGGGAAAUUAUGUCGAGCCCUAAGCAUCGAUAUAAGUCUUAACCAUACUGACCUAACUACUAGUGAUUUAAUUUACUUAGAAGACCAACCUGAACUCAGCCAAGACAAAAUUGUUGUUACUAAGAGAAUAAAUAUCGAUUAUGCCGGAGCAGACAAAGAUCGCUUAUGGAGAUUCUAUAUCAAGGAUAACCCUUUUGUUUCUCGAAAAUAA